AUGAGAGUACAAUUAACGGAGGAGUGUAGCGUGAUAGUGCAACAAAAACUCCCAAUUAAAAAGAAAGAUCCGGGAAGUUUCACCAUUCGUUGCACCAUUGGUAGAACGUUGAUUGAAAGGGCGCUGUGUGAUUUGGGAGCGAGUAUUAAUUUAAUGCCACUAUCUAUAGCCAAACUCAUUGGUUUGCAUGAAAUUAGCCCCACUACGAUGUCUCUUGUUAUGGCGGAUCGGUCUAUCAAGUAUCCCCAUGGUAUUAUUGAGGAUGUUCUUGUCAAGGUAGACAAGUUGGUUUUGCCCGUGGAUUUCGUUAUUCUUGAUAUGGAGGAGGAUUCUAAUACUCUAAUUAUUUUGGGGAGACCUUUAUUGCGUAUGGGGAGAACUCUUAUUGAUGUGAAAAAAUGGACUUUGGUGUUGAGAAUUGCGGAUGAACAAGUCAUAUUCAAGGUGUUUGAAACCACUAAAUACCCGAAAGAUGGAGAAUCUUGUUUUCGAAUAGAUACGAUGGAUCAUACCUUGGCUCACACUUAUGCCAUAACUUCUUGCCAUGACCCUCUUGAGACUUGUUUGGUGAGUAAGGAUGCUUUAUGGUAUGGUGAUGAUGAUGUGGUGGAGCUUAUGAAUUGCCUAGAAUCUAUGAAAGAGUCUAAACCGAGGAGAUUCUAG